AUGAUGCAAGAUAUGUGGAAUGCUCCGCCAGGGUUUAGACCCACUAAAUCAGCUCCGUCGUCACCGGCCAAACCCAUCGGUGGUGGGGUUUUGAGAACUCGGUCAGAAUCGUUUAAUUUGAAUUCAAGUCGGUCAGAGUCAAACUCAACUCGGGCCGAGUCUUUCCAUGUCACUCACAAGGUCCCAGUUGGUGACUCUCCUUAUGUCAGAGCCAAAAAUGUUCAAUUGGUUGAGAAGGAUCCAGAGAGGGCGAUACCAUUAUUCUGGGCGGCUAUUAAUGCAGGAGAUAGAGUUGAUAGUGCUUUGAAAGAUAUGGCGAUUGUUAUGAAGCAACAGAAUCGGGCUGAAGAAGCCAUUGAAGCGAUAAAGUCUUUGCGAAGAAGAUGCUCGGAUCAAGCACAAGAGUCGCUGGAUAACAUCCUAUUGGAUCUCUACAAGAGAUGUGGAAGAUUGGAUGACCAAAUUGCACUGUUGAGGCACAAGUUGUUCUUGAUCCAACAAGGGAUGGCUUUUAAUGGGAAGCGGACGAAAACCGCGAGAUCCCAAGGGAAGAAAUUUCAAGUCUCCGUUGAGCAAGAGGCGACUCGGCUACUGGGGAAUUUGGGUUGGGCACUGAUGCAACACAACAACUAUAUUGAAGCUGAAGAUGCAUAUAGGAGGGCUCUGGUGAUAGCACCAGAUAACAAUAAGAUGUGUAAUUUGGGGAUAUGUUUGAUGAAACAAGGGAGACUUGGUGAGGCCAAGGACACCCUUAGGUUAGUGAAGCCUGCAGUGGUGGACGGACCACGAGGGGUGGACUCGCAUCUAAAGGCGUACGAGAGAGCACAGCAAAUGUUAAGGGAUCUGGAAUCAGAGACGAUGAACAGUGGUGGAGAUCGGGUUGAGCAGCGGAAACUGUUCGAUGCUUUCUUGGGUUCUUCUGCUCUUUGGCAGCCGCAGCCUUGUAAAGAGCAUAACGUGUCUUUACCGGUUUCGAACGCAACCAAAACGCAAGAUGGUUAUGCUGAUGAGAAUGCGAAUUCGAAUAUCUUAACGAAUCCGAAGCUGUUGAUGGUUAAGAAACCAGUGACGGUGAUGGGUCCUGUCGGGAAUUCGAACUCACUCAAUAUCGACGCUAAGCCUUUUUAUGUAUCCAAUUUGGUCAAAGGUUCGGUUGGUGGCGAAAAUGUGGGGGAGGGACUUAAAAGAACAAGAUCUGGAAAUGCAGCAACUAUGGCUAGAGAAAAAGAAACAGGAGAGUUGGAAGUUGUAAAUAAGUCGCGAAGGAAGUCAGGUUCGCCUGAGAAAAAUUGCGAUUGGAACGAGUUUUUGCCGGACAGUAAGGACUUUGAAGAAGCUAUCAUUGCUGCGGUUUUGGGUUCGAGCAGUGAAGCUGAGAAGGUGAAGUUGGUUGAGAAAAUGGAGACAGGAAAAGUUGUAGAGCGAAAGAUUGAAAAGAGGCUGAAGGUGUUUCAAGACAUCACCCCAUCUCUUAGUCCAAGAGCUUAAGGAACUGAACAGCUUACUGCUACUGACUUAGUUCUUUCAUUAAUCAAAUAGGAUGGAGAUAGACUUGUUCUCCCUCGGACUCGGUCUAAAUGACAGUCGGUUUUGGAGUAGAAAUGGUUUAACUUAUUCAUAAUUGCCUCCACAACGUAAGACAAUAAGCAAAGCAAUUGCAAUGUAUUGAUUUAUUUAUGAAUGCAAAUCAUCACGAGGGUUUGUGUUUGUU